UCCGUCCGCGGGCCCUGUCAGCGGGCGCCGGCGCUGCCCCGUGGCUCCGGCCCGCCGUCCCGUCGCGCAGCGGACCCAGAGAAGCCCGGCGUGCUUGAUGGACUCGCGAAGUUAAGUUCUGGGCUCGCGCUUCCUUCCCCUUCGAGCUCCUGCCUCCCGGUUUCCGUCGGCUCCCGCAGCGACCUCGCCCCCAAAUCUCGGACCGGCUCUCGGCUCCCCUCUCCCGCCGCCAGCCGGUGCUGCGCUCUCCCCUUCUUUGCGCUCCAGCGGCGGGGGAGGGGCGGGGGUCACCAUGGCCGAAGCGCCCCAGGUGGUGGAGAUCGACCCGGACUUCGAGCCGCUGCCGCGGCCGCGCUCGUGCACCUGGCCGCUGCCCAGGCCCGAGUUCAGCCAGUCCAACUCGGCCACCUCCAGCCCGGCGCCGUCGGGCGGCGCGGCCGCCAGUCUCGACCCCGCGGCGGGCCUGCCCCCGGGCUCGGCGGCCGCUGUCAGCGCCGACUUCAUGAACAACCUGAGCCUGCUGGAGGAGAACGAUGACUUCCCGCCGGCGCCCGGCUCCGUGGCGGCGGCCGCGGCGGCGGCGGCUGCGGCGGCGGUGGCGGCGGUCGCAGCUGCCGCCACCGGCGGGCUGUGUGGGGACUUCCAGGGUCCGGAGGCGACCUGCCUGCACCCGGCGCCGCCGCAGCCACCGCCGCCCGGGCCGCUGCCGCAGCACCCGCCCGUGCCCCCCGCCACUGCCGGGCCGCUCGCGGGGCAGCCGCGCAAGAGCAGCUCGUCCCGCCGCAACGCGUGGGGCAACCUGUCCUACGCCGAUCUCAUCACCAAGGCCAUCGAGAGCUCGGCGGAGAAGCGGCUUACGCUGUCGCAGAUCUACGAGUGGAUGGUCAAGAGCGUGCCCUACUUCAAGGAUAAGGGCGACAGCAACAGCUCCGCGGGCUGGAAGAACUCAAUUCGUCAUAAUCUGUCCCUACACAGCAAGUUCAUCCGCGUGCAGAAUGAAGGCACCGGGAAAAGUUCUUGGUGGAUGCUGAAUCCAGAGGGAGGCAAGAGUGGAAAAUCCCCCCGGAGAAGAGCUGCAUCCAUGGACAACAACAGUAAAUUUGCUAAGAGCCGAGGCCGAGCUGCCAAGAAAAAAGCAUCCCUUCAGUCUGGCCAGGAGGGUGCUGGGGACAGCCCUGGUUCUCAGUUCUCCAAGUGGCCUGCUAGCCCCGGCUCUCACAGCAACGAUGACUUUGAUAACUGGAGUACAUUUCGCCCUCGAACUAGCUCAAAUGCUAGCACUAUUAGUGGGAGACUUUCUCCAAUUAUGACCCAACAGGAUGACCUUGGAGAUGGGGAUGUGCAUUCUAUGGUUUAUCCACCAUCCGCUGCCAAGAUGGCCUCUACUCUGCCUAGCCUGUCUGAGAUAAGCAGUCCUGAAAACAUGGAAAACCUUUUGGAUAAUCUCAACCUCCUCUCCUCGCCGACAUCAUUAACUGUUUCAACGCAGUCUUCACCUGGCACCAUGAUGCAACAGACACCAUGCUACUCUUUUGCACCUCCAAACACCAGUCUGAAUUCAGCCAGUCCAAACUACCCAAAAUACACUUACGGCCAGUCCAGCCUGAGCCCUUUGCCCCAGAUGCCUAUGCAAACGCUGCAGGACAACAAAUCGAGUUACGGAGGGAUAAGUCAAUAUAACUGUGCACCGGGACUCCUGAAAGAGUUACUUACUUCUGACUCUCCUCCCCAUAAUGACAUCAUGACACCAGUUGACCCUGGCGUGGCCCAGUCUAACAGCCGGGUCCUGGGCCAGAAUGUGAUGAUGGGCCCUAAUUCAGUCAUGCCAACCUAUGGCAGCCAGGUGCCUCACAACAAAAUGAUGACUCCCACCUCCCAUACUCACCCAGGACAUGCUCAACAGACGUCUGCAGUUAAUGGGCGUGCCCUGCCCCAUGCUGUAAGCACCAUGCCUCACACCUCAGGCAUGAACCGCCUGACCCCGGGGGGGAAGACACCCUUGCAAGUGCCUCUGCCUCACCCCAUGCAGAUGAGCGCCCUGGGGGGCUACUCCUCUGGGAGCAGCUGCCACGGCUAUGGCAGGAUGGGCAUUCUCCACCAGGAGAAGCUCCCGAGUGACUUGGACGGCAUGUUCAUCGAGCGCUUGGACUGUGACAUGGAGUCCAUCAUCCGGAACGACCUCAUGGAUGGAGAUACUUUGGAUUUUAACUUUGACAAUGUGUUGCCCAACCAAAGUUUCCCGCACAGUGUCAAGACGACGACGCAUAGCUGGGUGUCAGGCUAAGAGUUAGCGAGCAGGCUACACUUAAAAGUACUUCAGAUUGUUUGACAGCAGAAACUGAGAGAAGCAGCCCAAAGAUGCCCUUCACCCCUCCUUUUAGUUCUCUUGAUUAAAAAAAAAAAGAAAAGAAAAAAGUGUUCCUUUUUUCCUUUCGUCAGACUUGGCAGCGAAGACACUUUUCCUGCACAGGAUGUUUGCCCGAUGUUUGCAGGUUAUGUGCUUCUGUAGAUAAGGACUGUGCCAUUGGAAAUUUCGUUACAAUGAAGUGCCAAACUCACUACACCAUGUAAUUGCAGGACAGACUUUGAAUCUGGUGUGCCCUCGCUUUUUGUAUAUAAGCAGUAGAUACAGAAUUGUAUUUGUGUGUGCUUUUGUUUUUUUUUAAAUACCCAUUUGGUCCAAGGAAAGUUUAUACUCUUUUUGUAUACUGUGAUGGUCUUCUGUCCUUGCUAAGUUAAACUCUGGUUUGUACUACCUGUGUCUGCUGAAUGGACGAAUCACAAAGAACCAACAUCUCCCGUCUGCCACCUCCACUGAACAGCUUUAAAUCUGUUCACGUCGCCACAUACUUUGUAUGAAAACCAAGUAGCCUGUUACCAAUCUGCUGAGUUAAUGGACUUGUCAAACUCUUUUUGGGGGGGGGGGGGGAGAUUAAAUGCCAGCCUUGUACAGGUCUUUUCUAUUUUUUUUUUUUGUUUGUUUAUUUUGUUACUUGCAAAUUUGUACAAACAGUUAAAUGGUUCUAAUUUCCAGAUGAAUGAUUUUUGAUGUUAUUGUUGGACCUUGAGAUGACUUUUGGAAUAGAUACUGAACUGUAAUGUUUUCUUAAAACUAGAGUCUACUUUUGUUACAUAGUCUGCUUGUAAAGUUAUGGAAUCAUGGGGAUUCGGGGAAGCGUUCAUAAUUUCCAUUUUGUAUUUCCCACUGGAUUAGUUACUAAUUUUAUACGUGCUUAACUGGUUUGUAUGCUUUGGGAUGCUAAUUGGUGAUGUUUCUGAGUAAUCUUAAAAUGUUGUAAUUAGUACCUGCAUACUCAACAUUUCUGGCCCUUUUAGGACAGGAGAGUGAUGUAUAGUUAUGGACACUUUGCAUUCCAUGUUUAGGAAAACUUAAUAUGUUUUUAUGUGUGGAUUUUAAAGAGACUUCGUCUGCUUCAGUUACCAUGUUAGCUAUGCACAGUGCAUAGAGCUGAGUAGUCUGGUGGGCGCCAGUGUGCAGCGUCAUUCCCACCGUUCCUGCAGGGCCUCAUCAUGUUUGUGGAGCAGAAGGGAGAACUGCGCCUCAAACAGUGCUCUUUCCCAAACCAGGGGUUUUUCUCAACUUGACCUUUGAGUGGAGCUUCGGCAAAGGUUUCCCUUCGUGGUUCUUGAUUCUCUGCUCUUAUUUUGGUCUAGCGGAGGUUGGUUUUGUAGCUCUGCCUGGAAGAAUUGUAUCGACACUCACACUUGAUCUCUCUUUCCCUUUGUUCUGCAGGUUAUUUAGCCGUCGUGGAAGUUUUCAGCUGAAGGAGGGGAGGGAAUUUUAAAAUGGGAUUUGUAGAAUGUUUUGUAUUCAUAAGUGCAGUUGGCUUUUAUUACCAUACUCAGAUGGAAUAGAACUUGUUUCAAAAUUGGGGCAAUUAAUUUGAAAACCAGCGCAGCAGCUGUAAUUUAUACGUUUUGAAUUUAUUUUAAAAGCCUUAGCUUAAGUUAAGAAUUUGAGACUUUUUUUUAGCCUUUAGCAACCUAAACUAUAAUUGAGAUCAUUAUGUUUUAAUACUUCCAGUUACGUGUAACUGACAGACCAUGUUAAUUGGCUUAGCAUCCCGUUUAAUCCUUCCGCAGUUUCAGAUCAUAUGGAAUGCCUGAAGUCAGCUCAGUGAAAGAGACGGGCGCACAACCACGUUCUCUGGCCUUCUGAGAAGCCUCUGACACCUGUGUGCUUGGCACACGUCAUGCCUGCUUUGUCUUUCAUGUUAAUUGCAUCUCUUUUGGCUGGUUUCUCUUACACAUUUAACAAGAACAAAAGUGUUCCUGAUAGAUUUCUACAGUAGGCCAGCUCUACUGUAAGUAGAAUGAAAAGUGAAAAUUGAAAUUUCAUUAAAAAGCCACCUCUAACUACCUUCAUUGUUGGCCACUCCAAAAUAAGACUGGUUUAGAAACCUUAGUUGCCCUCAGCAGCACUUCCUGCGAGUGUGAUGGAAUUGUCGGUGCCAGAGCACGUGUGUUCUCCUUUCUUUCACCACGUCCCUUCUCCCUUACGCGUCACGCCCCAGGGCCCCUAGUCAUUCGUUAGAAAGGCAGCUACGGCUCAAAUCGCUGCUUCAGUCUUACUACUUCAUAGAACGGCUUUUAAAAAGAUGCUUCUCUCUCUUGAGUCUGUAUAAAUAUCUUUUGGGUUUUUUUUUUUGUCACCAAAUUUUUCUUGGUGUUGAUGUUCUAACUGAACCCCAGAUAAGCUCUCUGUGGGAUACAGUGAAGUCCUGUGAAAGGCAGUUUGUCUAUUUUGAAAGCAAACAUUAUGCGGACCUCUGGUGAUUUUUUUUUUUUCCCUGUAAGAAUACUGACUUUUGGUAUAAUUAGCAUAUCAGUUGUUGUAAAUGAUUGCUUUGUGGAACGUGCAAAUGAUAUCACCUAUGCAGCCUUGUUUGAUUUAUUUUCCUCUGGUUUGUACUGUUAUUAAAAGCAUAUUGUGUUAUAGAACUAUUGAAAUAUUUUAAAUAUAAAGAUGUAUUGUUUUCGUAAUAUAGCUGUAUGGAAAAUAUUUAGGUAAUAGAGGCAUUACUUGCAAAGUUCUGCUUUGACAAACUGACAGAGUCUAAAUGACUUAGCAAGCGUUGUAUCCCGGGAAGCAGGAGAUCAGUGGAACAUCCCAAGAAGAGGGCAAGGACACUUACCACGGAAACAGUUCUCCACAAGUGUAAAAUAGUCCUACUGCUAGAUAGAUGUGACCACUACUUCGCCCCCUACUCGAAAUCCUUGUAUUCGGCUCUAAAGAGUCCUUAACUUACAACUGAUUUUAAAUGAGAAGUUUCUCUUGUGGUUUUUGUUGGGGAGUGAUCAUUAAGUAAAAGGAGCAGUGUGGCUUAUGCAGACACAACAGCCUGGAUGGGCAUCCCCCUAAAGGUGUGAGGCCAGAGAUGGACACGGAGUCCCAGCAGGACGGUGUCCCACUCGCACAUUGAGCUCCCCGAGUUAGUCACAGUGCAGACUUCCUGUUGCCAUACUCUGCGAAGUGCCUGAUGGUGAUGAUGGUGUGCUUACAGACACAAGAACAAUCUUUGCUGUUACUGUACAAAGCCAUAAAUGUACAUAAAUUAUGUUUAAAAUGA